AUGAAAGCUGCGACUUGGCAAAAAGAUUCUCACGGGCUUUUUGAUUAUGAAACUCAACUUCUCACAAUAGAAAAGUAUAUCAUAUUGAAAGAGCGGAAGGUUUAUCGAUUGGGUUAAGAGAUCAGUACGCAUUCUCCAGAAACUUAACAACAAGAGUGCCAAUAAUAUUUAACUGCAGUUCAAGAGAAGAACGAUGAGUUUUACAUCAAUCCUAGUGGAUGUGAUGAAAAUGAAAAUGAAAAUUUUUUAAUAGUUAGAAGUUUAAAAAAUAGUUAAGGAGGAUAGAAAGGAUAUAAAAUGGAACCUGGAGACAUAAUAAAAUUGGGGAGGAUCGAAUAUAUGAUAAUAGAAACCAGAAAUCAGGAUAACUUAGUUAAUAAAGCCAAAGGAGAAAUGCUAAAAGAUUUGGUUGAAAUAACUGCUUCGUACGUCACCAAUAAUUAAGCAAUAUGUCGAUUUUGCUUAAUGGAGACACAGUCAAAGGAAGAUCCCUUCAUCUCUCCAUGCAACUGUAAAGGGAGCUGUGAGUUCGUUCAUUUUAGUUGUAUGAGACUAUGGAUUGAAAGCAGAUGCCAAAUAAAAUAGUUAAAUAGUGCACAAUCAUAUCGAUGGAAAUAGCUACAAUGCGAACUCUGUGAAUCCUUAUUACCUUUGAAGAUAUAUAUGGAAGACAGAGAACUUUCAUUGGAUCUCGUACAGCGACCUUCAUUGCCCUACUUGAUAAUGCAAUCAAGACACAAAAAUGAGAAAAAACAUGGAAAAGCUGUUUAUGUGAUCUAAUUCUAGAAUUGUGAACCAAUAAAAAUAGGAAGAGGGCAUCAAUGUGAUAUAUAGAUCUCAGAUAUCUCAGUUUCUAGAUUACAUGCUUACAUAAAAUAUUAGGAUGGUGACUUCAUCAUUCUUGACAACAACAGUAAGUUCGGUACACUUGUGAGAUUGUUCCAGCCAUAUAAAAUUGAGCAAGAGAAGGUUGCUGUAUAAAUUGGACGUACAGUCUUAACAUUUGUAGCAAAACAGUAGUCUAUUGAGGAUAGCAAUUGA